AUGAUUCAAGAAAACAUUAAUGCACUCAUCACAAUAGAUAUUUUAGAGUUAGCCACUAACAGAAAAAAUUUACCAAUAGAUCAAUAUAUCACUAUUCGAGUUGAAUCAAUUAAAUCAACUCAAAGCCUAAUUGCAGAGAAAUUAUUAAAUACACAAAAAAGUGAUAGAAGAAGAAAUGAGGUAUCUACAAAUGGUGAUCCAAGUGAACAGUGGGAAAAAAGAAAAAAGAAACAACUCACAAAAGCAGAAAAGGUUCUUCUUGAAAGAUUCAAAUCUGUAGUGGAUUGUCAUAGAAGAAUUGUAGCAAUAAGUCAAAAACAAAUUGCUCAAGAAAUUUGUAUGGAAUCUGAAGUCAAAAUUGGCCUCAACCAAUCCAAUG